AUGGCGAUACUUUUCCAUGGCUUUCAUAUUUGGCGCAUCCACCAUUCCUUCCUUCCAAUUCUCCUGCCCGUGCCUGUGCUGUCCGUGCCUGUGCUGCCUGUGCCUGUUGCUGCCCGUGCCUGUGCUGCCCUGUGCUGCCUGUGCCUGUUGCUGCCUGUGCCUGUUGCUGCCCGUGCCUGUGCUGCCCUGUGCUGCCCGUGCCUGUGCUGCCCGUGCUUGUGCUGCCUGUGCCUGUUGCUGCCCGUGCCUGUGCUGCCCUGUGCUGCCUGUGCCUGUUGCUGCCUGUGCCUGUGCUGCCCGUGCCUGUGCUGCCCGUGCCUGUGCUGCCCGUGCCUGUGCUGCCCGUGCCUGCUGCUGCCCGUGCCUGUGCUGCCAUGUGCUGCCUGUGCCUGUGCUGCCCGUGCCUGUGCUGCCCGUGCCUGUGCUGUCCGUGCCUGUGCUGCCUGUGCCUGUUGCUGCCCGUGCCUGUGCUGCCCUGUGCUGCCUGUGCCUGUUGCUGCCUGUGCCUGUUGCUGCCCGUGCCUGUGCUGCCCUGUGCUGCCCGUGCCUGUGCUGCCCGUGCUUGUGCUGCCUGUGCCUGUUGCUGCCCGUGCCUGUGCUGCCCUGUGCUGCCUGUGCCUGUUGCUGCCUGUGCCUGUGCUGCCCGUGCCUGUGCUGCCCGUGCCUGUGCUGCCCGUGCCUGUGCUGCCCGUGCCUGCUGCUGCCCGUGCCUGUGCUGCCCUGUGCUGCCUGUGCCUGUGCUGCCCGUGCCUGUGCUGCCCUGUGCCUGUGCUGCCCGUGCCUGUGCUGCCUGUGCCUGUUGCUGCCCGUGCCUGUGCUGCCCUGUGCUGCCUGUGCCUGUUGCUGCCUGUGCCUGUGCUCCCCGUGCCUGUGCUGCCCGUGCCUGUGCUGCCCGUGCCUGUGCUGCCUGUGCCUGUUGCUGCCCGUGCCUGUGCUGCCCUGUGCUGCCCGUGCCUGUGCUGCCCUGUGGUGCAUGUGCCUGGUGCUGCUCGUGCCUCGUCCUUGCGCCCUCGUGCGCUCUGCUACUGUCUGCGCCCUCGUGCGCACUGUUUCUGCUCUCCCCCCCCCCCCCGUUUGCGGCUUUGCUCAUAA